AUGGAGUUUAAAAAAGAGGAAUUCAAGAGGGUAGCGGGCAAUACCCUAGGACAUCUGCACAGGAUACUGGAAAAACGGCAGGCAAAUGCGGAAACAAUCGAGUUGACAGAAGAAGGAAGGCCUGUGAUUAAGACUGAGAAGCACCAGCCUAUGGUAGACUGUACAUGCUUUGGAUUGCCCCGACGUUACAUUAUUGCCAUUAUGAGUGGACUUGGCUUCUGUAUCUCUUUUGGCAUCAGAUGUAACCUGGGUGUGGCCAUCGUCAGUAUGGUGAAUAAUAACACAGUGUACAGAGGGAAUAAACUCGUUGUGGAGCAAGCACAAUUUUCCUGGGACCCUGAAACAGUUGGCAUGAUACAUGGAUCCUUCUUUUGGGGUUAUAUAGUGACACAAAUUCCGGGAGGAUAUAUUUCGCAAAAAUUUGCAGCUAAUAGGGUGUUUGGAUUCGCUAUAGUUGCUACGUCUUCGUUAAACAUGUUAAUCCCGUCAGCUGCCAAAGUACAUUAUGGGUGUGUUAUCUUCGUCAGGAUCCUGCAGGGAUUAGUAGAGGGAGUAACAUACCCAGCAUGUCACGGGAUCUGGAGCAAAUGGGCACCACCCCUGGAACGCAGUAGACUGGCUACAACGGCUUUCUGUGGUUCCUAUGCUGGAGCCGUAGUGGCCAUGCCAUUGGCUGGAGUACUAGUCCAGUAUACGGGAUGGACCUCGGUCUUCUAUGUCUACGGGAGCUUUGGGAUUUUCUGGUACAUGUUCUGGAUUCUUGUGUCCUAUGAAAGCCCCGCAAAGCACCCCACCAUUUCAGAGGAAGAAAGAAAGUACAUUGAAGAAAGCAUUGGAGAAUCCACAUCUUUCAUGAACCCACUAACGAAAUUUAAGGCACCGUGGCGAAAGUUCUUUACCUCAAUGCCGGUGUAUGCAAUCAUUGUUGCCAACUUUUGCCGCAGUUGGACAUUCUAUCUCCUGCUAAUUAGCCAGCCAGCUUACUUUGAAGAAGUGUUUGGUUUUGAAAUCAGUAAGGUUGGACUGAUCUCUGCGCUCCCACACUUGGUUAUGACCAUCAUAGUGCCCAUUGGAGGACAGAUUGCUGACUUCCUGCGUACCAAGAGAAUCAUGUCUACCACCAAUGUCCGUAAGAUGAUGAACUGUGGAGGCUUUGGCAUGGAGGCUACCCUGCUCCUAGUUGUGGGCUAUUCCCAUACCCGUGGAGUAGCUAUCUCCUUCCUUGUUCUGGCAGUAGGAUUCAGUGGCUUUGCUAUUUCAGGUUUUAAUGUAAAUCACUUGGACAUUGCACCUCGAUAUGCCAGUAUACUCAUGGGUAUUUCCAAUGGUGUGGGAACCCUCUCUGGAAUGGUUUGUCCCUUGAUUGUAGGAGCCAUGACAAAGCACAAGUCUCGAGAAGAGUGGCAGUAUGUCUUCCUUAUUGCUGCUCUUGUUCAUUACUGUGGGGUAAUCUUCUAUGGCAUAUUUGCAUCAGGAGAAAAGCAGCCAUGGGCAGAACCAGAAGAAACCACUGACGAGAAAUGUGGGUUCAUUCAUGAAGAUGAGCUUGCUGAUGAAAGUGAAGAUCAGCCUCAGGGCUAUGGUGGGUACGGCAGCUAUGGGGCCACCAAAAGCACAAGCUUCCCCAAUGGCAGUUGGCCAGCAGAAUGGGAGAAGAAGGAAGAGUUCAUUCAGGACCAAGGAAAAGACCCAUACCUAUAUGGCACAGCAACAGAAAGGGACUUAUCCUGA